CGGUCGUGUCGUCGUCGCGUUUGCAUUACAUUUGGAAUCUCUCCUCUGUAUCGGGCCGAAGUUUCGAGUUGGGUGUCGGGUCGCGCGUCCAAAGUGGCUUGAAAAGUGCGAAUUUCCGAGCGCUGUGUUGUUCCAGGCCGUGCGUAGAAUGUUCACCGUGCUCAUGUCUAGGAGACCUUAACCACAACAUCGUCAUCAUCAUCACCACUUCGCAGCAGCAUAAGUCAGGCGGCUGAUCUGCUUAAACCCGACUGGCAGGCAGCGGUAAAUCUAUGCUAAUGAUGGCGAUGCUCCGCCGUGACCAUCGCGAUGCAAAACUGCAAUGAUGUAGAACGUCGUCGUCGUCGUCCGCACUUCCAGCUGCUUCGCCAGGCCAUGUCGAAGAUAUCUCAGCAGCAGCAACAUGAGCAGCAGCGCAGCAACUGUGCAAUAGAAACAGCAGCCACGGCUUAGCUUAAAGUGUGUGUGUGUUUGUGCGUUUUGCUCCAAUAUCAUUUGCAUUCCACUGUAAGCGAGAAGGCAAAAUUAUACAAUUGUGCGCGGCUUGAAGCUUGCAGCGCAAGGCAGAACCAGUUUUUCUCCGCGCCGUGUGUUGUGUGGUGCAUGUAACAAAGCUGCAUUAUCAGUUUUCCUCUCGCUGGCAAGGGGCUUCGGGCGCGUGAAAUUCGUGUGUGUUUGUGCAAAUAGUGUGUCCACGCAGAAAGAGAGAAAACGAAAAGAUACAAGUGAAUACAUAAAUUUUACGUUGUGUAUUUCAUCCACCGCCCGAAAAAAAAACGCCCGACCAUCUCUUCGCAUCUUUGUUCCGUCACGGUCCAGCAUGUGUGUCCUCUGGGGAGCUUAGUGUCGAGUGUCCCAACUAGUGUCAAGUGUGUGUGUGUGCCAAAUGUACGUGUGAAGAGUCUCGGUCGCUAUCAGCCCGAGUGUCCGACUGUGUUACAACCCACCCCAUCUCAAGAAAACGGAAAAUAACGCAAUAAAUGACUGAUCGAAAAUUGCCAAUUAGUCUGUCGGACCACAGCGAGUUCGGAAUCAAUCACGGAUCGGCGGCGGUGACGGCCAUCGGGGGUGGCACCAGUUGCCUCCUUGGAGCCGGAAUUGGCCUGCCAGCAGCAGCAACGCCGACUACCGUGUUGCCACCACUACCGCCUCAGGGACCAGGAGCUGGAAUUGGCGGCCUCGGAGUGGCAGCAACUGCGGUGACCGGAGUCGUCGGGGGCGGGAAUGUGGUCGGCGGCAACAAGCAUGCGAUCGCACGUCUGAAGCACACCAAUUCCCUAACCGCCGGCAUCCCACCGGAACUGUACGACAAGGGCAACCGGUUGUCCCACUCGAGCGACACGAGCCAAACCGACACGAUGACGUCCGUCACGAGCUCGUCGCUCGACUCGGACGAGGUGGACCUGUCCGGGCUGGUCGAAUCGGUGGUCGACUCCGACGAGGAGGACAUUGCCGAGAGCAUCGACAGCAUGAGUGUUCGCGAUACGGUGCGCGAGUGCUUGGAGAAGGAUCCGACCGACCGUACGAUGGAUGAUAUUGAAAUAUUGCUGGAGUUUACGCAAAAGUUGAAGGCGUUCACCAACAUGACGUUCGCGGUGCGGAGGGAUCUGUGCUCGGUGAUGGUGUUUGCCGUGGUCGAGAAGGCCGGCACGAUCGUCAUGAACGAUGGGGAGGAGUUGGACUCGUGGAGCGUGCUGAUCAAUGGGCACGUGGAGAUUGAACACGCGAAUGGGGAGAUUGAGUAUCUGCACAUCGGGGAUAGUUUCGGGAUAAUGCCGACGAUGGAUAAGUUGUACCAUCGCGGGAUCAUGAGGACCAAGUGCGACGAUUGUCAGUUUGUGUGCAUCACCCAGACGGAUUACUAUCGGAUACAGCACCAAGGGGAGGACAAUAUCAGGAAGAUUGAGAAGGACGGCCAGGUGAUUAUGGUGACGGAACUGAGGAACAGUACGGGGGAGAAUGGCUCGAGGAAGGGGUACGUCGUGAUUCGGGGUACGAUCGACAGGUUGACGCAGCAGUUGAUAGAGGACACGACCCAGACGGAUCCGAACUACGUGGAAGAUUUCCUGCUUACGUUUCGAACGUUCAUUACGGAUCCGAUCGAUGUUUCGAAGCAGCUGCUGAAGUGGUUCAAUGUGGACGGAACGGAGGAUGGAAGUGAGCUGUUGGACGCGUUGCACCUGGCGUCGGCCAACGAUAUUUGUGAUCGCGUGACGCGCGUUGUUUUGCUGUGGGUUAACAAUCAUUUUACCGACUUUGACACGGAUCCUCAGAUGAUGGAGUUUUUAGAAUUUUUCGAAUCUGCACUGGAGAAGAAGAACAUGCUGGAGCAGUUGCGGUUGUUGCAUGUGUACGCGCAGCAUAACGCGAGGGAGCGAAACGUAACGCUGGCGAGGAGUUCGCGGGAUGAGGAUUUAAACUUUCAAAUUUCCGGUGGCGUUGGCGGGAUCUUUGUGACGCGAGUUGAACCUAAGACUAAGGCUUACGAUGUAGGGUUGAAACGUGGGGACCAGAUAUUGGAGGUGAAUGGACAGAACUUUGAGCACAUAACGUGUGCGAGAGCGCUGGAACUGUUGAUGGGAACGACCCAUUUGAGCAUUACGGUGAAGAGUAACUUGUGGGCGUUCAAGGGAAUGCUUUCGAACGCCGAUGGUGAUUCGAGCAAGUUGAAGAUAGAUCUGAAAAAGGGGUUGCGUGCGGAUUUGCUGCAGUCACAGAAAUCGCUCGAUUUGGUGGACAAAGCUGGAGGUUUGCUGCCGACGCCACAGUUCCUGAUGCCACUGCCGAUCCGGGGAGACGAGUAUGGGCGGAAAGAUUCGGGCGCUUCGACGCCCUCCUCUUCGCAUAUGAACAACAACAAGGGCAGUUUUAUGACGCUCGGUGGUAAGAAGCGGCUCCAGAAGGCACUGAUCAAGAUGAAUCUGCUUCCGAAGAACAUCGUCUUCCAGGAUGACAGUGUCAACAACAAUAGCAGCAGUAACAAUAAUAGCAGUAGCAAUUACGACAGCAGCGACCGGUCUUCCGGGAUCAGCGUCAACUUUUCCUCGCAAGCGUCCUCGAUCUCGACGUCCUCCAUCACGACGGCCGACUCGGACGAGACGCCACCAACAUCGACGUAUCAAAGCAAUCCGGAUCUGCGCGAGCAUCAUCCGCAAACUCCCGCCAAAACGCUCUCGACGGAGGCAAUCAUUCCCAAGGGUGGUGGCACGCUCUACUACGAGGAGUUGCGCGCCAGCGACUAUCCGGAGCACAUCCUCAAGGUGUACAAGUCGGACCAAACGUGCAAGUACCUGCUGGUGCACAAGGAGACCACGGCGCAUGAGGUGGUCAUGCUGGCACUGCAAGAAUUCGGCAUUCACGAUCCAAGCUCGAACUUUUCCCUGUGCGAGGUGAGCGUCGGCGAGGGUGGAAUGAUCAAGCAACGCCGGCUGCCGGAUCAGCUACAGAACUUGGCCGAACGAAUCGGGCUAGCGUCGCGGUAUUAUUUGAAGACGAACGGAAUCACCGAGACGUUGGUGCCGGACGAUAUCGCGCCGGAGUUGAUCCGGGACAGUGCGGUUCACUUUUUGCAGCUGAACGCGAAUGAGUUGGCGAUUCAGCUGACGCUGCAGGACUUUUCCAUCUUUCGGCAGAUCGAGUCCACCGAAUAUAUCGACGAUUUGUUCAAUCUGAAGAGUCGCUACGGCAAACCGAUGCUGGUCAAGUUUGCCGAGCUAGUCAACCGGGAAAUGUUUUGGGUGGUGACGGAAGUGUGCAGCGAGCAUAACAUGAUGCGAAGGUGUAAAAUUAUCAAGCAGUUUAUCAAGAUUGCGCGGCACUGCAAGGAGUGCAAAAACUUCAACAGUUUGUUUGCGAUUGUGAGCGGGUUGGGCCAUGCGGCCGUUUCCCGGUUGCGACAGACGUGGGAGAAGCUUCCAUCCAAGUACCAAAAGUUGUUUAACGAUCUGCAAGAGCUGAUGGAUCCGUCGCGGAACAUGUCCAAGUAUCGGCAGUUGAUACAAACCGAGCUGAACGCGCAGCAUCCGGUGAUUCCGUUUUAUCCGGUGGUCAAAAAAGAUCUCACGUUUAUCCAUUUGGGAAAUGAUUCGAAAAUUGAGAGUCUUAUUAACUUUGAAAAGCUCCGCAUGAUAUCGAAGGAGGUGCGCACGUUGCUGCAGAUGUGCAACUCGCCGUACGACAUCCUGACGAUGCUGGAGUUGAAGUGUCAACCGCCGAGUUCGGCCAUGCUUGCGCUGAACCAGAUGUCCGUUCCUUCGAGUGGGAACUUGAUGCUGCCUCCGCAGCCGGUGGUUAAUAGCCACACGGUGAAGCGAAGGAAGAAAUCGACGGCCGCGCCCAAUCCGAAGAAGAUGUUCGAGGAAGCCCAGAUGGUGCGACGGGUGAAGGCAUAUUUGAACAAUAUGAAGGUCACGACGGACGAAGACGAACUGCACCGGCUCUCGUUGGAAUGCGAACAGCAGGGGGGAAGCACACCAAACAACGUUCAGGUGAGAAAACGGUACCCCUCUCCGACGCUAUCGACGACGUCGAGCACGAGUUCGACGAGCGAGGGAAAAAAGGGCGCGCUCGGGAUCGGGAUGAGCAGCCUGUCGAUCGGAAGUUCCGGUAGCGGUAACAGCGGUGCGCCAAAAUUUGGGGCCGCGUCGCCGCAAGCGGAAAAGUUGCUCUCGCUUUCCGAGCAAACCAAAACUCGCCCUCAUCAACCCAGACAUCCCUCGGUCGGGUCGGUUCUGCCGCCCCCGUUGAACAACAUCCAUCAUCAUAGUCAGAUCGUGCAUCAUAACAAUCUGUCCCAUUAUCACCACGCCCAUCAUACGCCGUAUCAUCAUCACGCGGGCAUCUCGAUCAGUCCGUCCGCGCACGCCGCUGCUGCCGCCACUGCCGGUGGUGGCGGCGGUGGCCAGUGCUGUGGCAGCGGCGCCGGACCUCCGCAAUCCCAUCAGCCGUACCCGAAUACUCAUCCGAGCUAUGCGGUUUCCAGCAGCGGAAUUCACUUAUCCAACAUGCUACCCAAUCCACCCAACUAUAACGCGACCAUGUCGAUGUACCCGAACGGGCGGCCCUCGGUCGUCAUGUCCAGCCGGAUACUGGAAAGCUCCGUGGACUCCCCUAGUCAACUGCCGCCACCGAUGGAGCUCCCACCGGAGAGCAGCUCAUUCCGCAGUCCACCGAACUAUGCCCAAGCAGCCCACCGGCGCAUCACCGGCAACAGCACUUCGGUCCUGUCCUCGUUUCCCACCCCGCACCAAAACUUUGGCUCCUCGUCGCGGAUCAUCGCCGCGGUCGGAAUCUCGCCCAUCACGCCCGGCUACGUGCCGCCCGGCGUCAACGCAAUCUCACCGAUGUACCAGCAGCAACCGGCGGCCAACAGCGGUGCGCCAUCGCCCAACGCCAGCAAUCUCCCGCCGGCCAUUCCAGCUCGAAUGCACGAGCAGCAGCACGUUGAUGUGAUCCAGCAGCAGCCCCCGCCGCAACAGCCCCCGCCACCGCUUCCACCGAGCCUGGACCUGUCCGCCGAGAGCAGCUCGGUGACGGUGCUCAGCAAUGCCGCUCCCGAGCUGCUCGUGGAGACCUCGGUGGAUGACGUCGACGACGAGGAAGACGACGGGUGUGAGUCGGUCGAGCGCGACGUCACUGAAACGCUGUCUACCGACGUCUAAAACUACUAUUUGAUCUAGGCAAAUAAUGUUGGUGUGGUGUUGUCAUUCCAGGAGCACGUUUCGGGGGUUUUAAUAUUUUUCAAAACAAUCAUUCUCAUUAAAGCAAGUGUAUUGAUAUUCGUGGAUUUGUUCCAAAAUUGACGGUAAAUUAAGAUAUUGUUGUUAUCGUUGAUUCAUAUGGAUGUCCAAAGUAAAGUGGAAUGUUGAUUCCAUGUUUCAACUCUCUGCCAAACAAUAUUU